UGGUUGGUCUCCCUUGGGAUUUCAGGAGCGAAGACUCCUCUCUACCCCCUUCCCCGAGCAGCCUCUUUCGGUAGUAGCUGCACUGCUCUCUCCUGACAGAGUUAGGGGAACCACUAAGGACCUAAUUUGACAGCACUCGUCUUGUCAGCAGGUCCAGUAGCUACCACCGUACCGUAGUAGCAAUGGCUUCAGUGAGCAUUCGAGCAGCCACCCAGGCUCUGGGGUCCCUCUCUCUCUCCUCCCAACUGAGGACCUCUAGCAGAGUAUCGCUCGGGGACUCGCUUAGGGUUUCGAGCUUCCGGGGCUGCCAGCUCGUUGCUGCCAGCCGGCCAGCUGUUACCGCUGCCGCUAGCAGAUCUCUAGCCGUGGUUGCCGCCGCUGCCAGCCCUCCCGCCGUUGCUGCGGCUGCUGGCAAGACCGUGAAGCCGAAGAAGGUGGACUCGGCCAUCAAGCGCGCCAAGCAGGCGGAGGUGCGGCGGGUGUACAACAAGUCGCGCAGGACGGAGAUGAGCACGCGGAUGAAGAAGGCGUUCCUUGCUCUGGAGGAGCUGCGCAAGAGUGGGUCCCCCUCCGAGGAGCAGGUGGUGGCAGCUGAGAAGCUCAUCUCGGAGGCCUUCUCCAUCAUCGACCGGUCCGUGAAGGUCAAUGUCAUCCACCAGAACAAGGGCGCUCGCCGCAAGGCUCGCCUUUCCCGGGCCAAGCGCGCUACGCUGAUUUCGCUUGGAUUGUACACUCCCGAGCCUGCUGCUGCUACUGCGUAGAAUGAUGGUGGUUGUGGGGUGGGGUUGGAGGACUGACAGUGUAUGUUAGUCUUUGUGAUGGUGUUAUUUCUUGUUAAUGGUAGUGCAUAUAUACAAACGCACUGCUGUGGAGGGUAGAGGAAGAGCAAGAAGUCCAAGUACAGAUCUUCAUGAGGAUAAAAUAUUUUAAGGGCAUGCUUUGCAACAUCUGAACUCUACAGUAAGUUGUAAUUGGCUCUAUAGUUACGCAA